AUGACAGAACCUCUCAAACCACAGACCGUGCUCGAUGUUGACCCGUGGCUCGAACCCAAUGUUCCCGCCGUCAUCCACCGCCAUGACCUCUUCAGGAAGUGGAAGGACAACAUCCAGCAAGCAGAAGGUGGAUACGAUGCAUUCACCAAGGGAUAUCUCAAGUUCGGCCUGAAUGUGGGUCAGAAUGGAGAGGUUGUGUAUAGAGAAUGGGCACCGAACGCGAAGGAGGCUGCUUUGAUCGGCGACUUCAACGAGUGGAACAGGAAUAGCCAUCUCAUGAAGAAGAACGAAUAUGGCAUCUGGGAGAUUACUGUACCCCCCACUUCGCCGGGCGUAUGCGCUAUCCCCCACGAUUCGAAGAUUAAAAUAUCGAUGGUUCUGCCUUCCGGAGAACGGAUUGAACGUCUCCCCACGUGGAUCACUCGCGUCACCCAGGAACUGGCAGUGUCACCCGUGUACGACGCACGAUUUUGGAACCCUCCGCCGGAACAGCGGUACAAGUUCAAGAACCAACGUCCGCCGCAGCCCAAAAGCGUCCGUAUUUACGAGGCUCAUGUUGGUAUUUCCACUACCGAAUAUAGGGUCGGAACGUACAAAGAGUUCACGACGAACACCCUUCCGAGGAUCAGAGACCUGGGAUACAACACCAUCCAGCUCAUGGCUAUCAUGGAACACGCUUACUACGCCUCGUUCGGCUACCAGGUGACGAGCUUCUUCGCGGCGAGUUCGCGCUACGGCUCCCCGGAGGAGCUAAAAGAGCUGAUCGACACUGCGCACGGGAUGGGGAUCACCGUGCUCCUGGAUAUCGUGCAUUCACACGCGUGCAAGAACGUGCUCGACGGAAUCAACCUCUUCGAUGGCACAGACCAUCUUUACUUCCACGAGGGCGGUAAGGGGCGGCAUGACCUCUGGGACAGCCGCCUGUUUAACUACGGAAGCCAUGAAGUGCUCCGCUUCUUACUGAGCAACCUACGCUUCUGGAUAGAAGAGUACCAGUUCGACGGGUUCCGGUUCGACGGCGUUACAAGCAUGAUGUAUAUUCACCACGGGAUCGGGACUGGCUUCUCUGGCGGGUACCAUGAAUAUUUUGGUGACUCGGCUGAUCUCGAGGCGAUUGUGUAUCUCAUGCUCGCAAAUGAUGCGAUGCACUCGCUCUACCCAUUCUGUAUCACCAUCGCAGAAGACGUGUCUGGGAUGCCGCUGCUUUGCGUGCCAGUAUCGAAGGGUGGGGUGGGGUUCGACUACCGCCUGUCGAUGGCGAUCCCCGACAUGUGGAUUAAGCUGCUCAAGCACAAGAGUGACGACGAUUGGGAGAUGAGCAACAUCGUGCACACGCUAACCAACCGCAGAUACCGCGAGAAGAGCAUUGCUUACGCGGAGAGCCACGACCAGGCGCUCGUCGGUGACAAAACGCUCGCGUUCUGGCUCAUGGAUAAGGAGAUGUACACAAACAUGUCGGACCUGACGGAGUAUACACCAAUUAUCUCGCGUGGAAUCGCGCUGCACAAGAUGAUCCGUCUGCUCGUGCACUCCCUCGGUGGGGAGGGUUAUCUGAACUUUGAAGGCAACGAAUUCGGUCACCCUGAGUGGCUCGACUUCCCUCGCGAGGGCAACGGCAACUCGUUCCACUACGCCCGACGUCAGUGGAACGUCGUUGAUGACAAGCUGCUUCGGUACAGAUACCUGAAUGAGUGGGACAAGGCGAUGAACCACACGGAGGAGAAGUACGGCUGGCUCGCCGCAGAGCCCGCGUACGUCUCGCUGAAGCAUGAGGUCGACAAGGUGAUCGUGUUCGAGCGCGCGGGACUGCUCUUCGCGUUCAACUUCCACUCGACGAAGUCGUUCACGGACUACCGCGUCGGCGUGGAAGAGCCCGGCGAGUACCACAUCGUGCUGACGAGCGACGAGAAGCGCUUCGGCGGGUUCGAUAACGUGCACCUUGGCGGGCAGUACUUCACGACGCCGCUGGAGUGGAAUGGACGUAAGAAUUGGCUGCAGGUUUAUAUCCCGACGCGCACCUGCAUUGUUCUUGCGAAGAACUGA